UUUGAAUUAUUAAUGGAACUGUAAAUAACUAUGAAUUUUAAUGGACAUUUUUUAGAAAAACAAGUGUUGACAAUGGGUAAUAACCAGUCCCCAUAAAAUAUAGAUAUUAUUCUGAAUUUUGAGACAUAUUCUAUAUAAUAGUGUUUUUAUUUCAAGAAGUAUGAAAAUAGGCAUCAGGGGCCUCAUUUAUAAAACUUUGCGCAGGAUUUACGCCAGAAGAUGGCGUGCGCAUGAAACUCAGAAUGUGCGUGCGCGGGGGCGUCGUGGCUCAGGUGGAUAAGGCGCCAUACCAUAAAUCCGGGGACCUGGGUUCGAUUUCGGCCCAAGGUCAUUUCCCAAUCCCUCCCCGUCUCUCUCUCCCGUUCAUUUCCUGUCUCUACACUGUCCUAUCCAAUAAUAAAGGUGAAAAAAAGACCAAAAAAUAUCUUUAAAAAAAAAAUGUGCGUGCGCACAGAAAUAUUCUGAUUUAUAAAACUGUGCACACGCACGUUCCACGCCAAUUUCCCUUUAUAAAUCACAAUCCACUCCAAGUUUGCGGCACCUGUGCGUACCUCAAGACACACCCACAAUUGCCUAUAAAUAUUCAGCGAAACGCCCUUAAUGAAUAUUGAUAUCUGUUGGACAACAUGCCCAAAACAGAAGGAAAGACAAAGAAGCGCAACUUCACCGACUGUGAAGUUGAAGUGCUAGUAGAUGAAGUGGAGCAGCGUCGAGCUGUUUUGUUUGGAGGCCAUAGUACGGGAGUUACAAAUGCGAAAAAAACGUGUGAAUGGCAGCAUGUGGCCGACGCGGUCAAUUCUGUAGCUUCACAAGGCCGUACUAUGGCAGAGGUUAAAGAAAAAAGAUCCAACAUAAAGGUGGACGCCAAGAAGAGGAUCGCGGCACACCGCCAAAGCGUCCGUGCAGCGGGCGGGGGGAAGGGGGAGCCGGAGCUCACCCCACUGGAUCGAAAACUGGCUGGCAUUCUAGGGGAAACCCUCCUGAGUGGAGUUGAGCGUGAGGAGGAGGGUGACACCGAUGCUGGGCCACAUGAACCAGCCCAAGACUCGGUUGCUGGGUGUGCCAGUGAGGCCAGCAGUGUGUCGGCUGCGGCAGCGGAGGUCCCAAGGACGUCCACGGCCUCCGAUGCAUGUGCAUCCAUGCCGAAACCAGCCACCAGCGCCCGUGUCCUAACAGAUUCAGUGCUGCAGGUGCAGCGGGAACAUGUGGAUGCCGUCCGCGAGAUCGCCCGGGAGUUAAAAGAAAUAAAUGAGUUGUCUGCAUUAAAUUCCAGCAUUAAAGAAUUUCUUAAAAAGUAAUCAUUUGUUUCCAUACCUAAUUAUUUACAAGCGGCGCAUCACCACCUCGCGGUUGUAAGUGGUCUCCUCAGGCGUUUGGGGGUUCAUAAAUGGCGUGAGCAGCCACCGUUUUUAGCAGAUACCCACCGUCACCUACAACAUAACUGAAUGAGUAAAGGGUUGAAUAUUUAGAAAUGGUCUAAGAAUGGUUACAAAUACUUUCAGGAUUUACGCAUUAAUCACCCGCACCCAGACAAGUGCACAAAAUUAAGGAUUAUAAAUGUUAAGUCAGUCACGUCUUUGAUGCGCGAUGUUAUGUUUGUGUUAAACUUCGAUUAUUGAACCAAUUUCGGGUCGUUCUCCCCGUUUCCUCCUGAGGUCGCGUUUUCCGCGUUUCCCUUUUUUGUGUGCGUACGCAUGGGUCAGAGCUUGCGUGGAGGUGCGCACGUUUUACCGUCAAGUUCACUUUUUAUAAAUACCGAAGCUUGCAUAGAAUGUGGCGUACGCAUUCUUUUGUGCGUACGCAUCGUUUAUAAAUGAGGCCCCAGGUGUUUUAAUUAACUACAGCUCAGAGUGCAGGAAAUGGGGUGUGUAAGGUCUCAUUUUGAAAAAAAUUUCACGGGGAUGUCCUUCGGCGCCCUCAAGACAUUUUACAGAUUUUCUGUUUUUUUCAUCAGGACCCACUCUCAUCC